UAGUAGGUGUUGGAAAUGAACAUCAUACGAUAAAAUGCUUGAUUCUGAAGAAAGGAUGGCUGCUCUUACUGGCUUACAACUCACUGAAAUAAAUCACAGAACUGGAAUCGGUCCUACUCUUGUUAAUGAGUUUGAAGAAGAAGAGAAUAAGUAUAAUUUAUAGUUCCUCAAAGCGGUUUUCUUGACAGAUACCGAGUUCCUAUUGUGUUUAAUCAAGAUUAUGAUUCUUUAAGAAGCAGCCAGAGCAAGUAUCACAUUGGGUUUGAUGAAGAAGAGUCUGAAAGUCAUGACAGAGAUCCCAACCAACAAUUUGAUAGUGAAAAAUUGAGGGAAGAAUUAAGGGAGGCUACAGGAACUCGUCCUUGUAAAUGAUGCUUCUUCGAUUGAAGAAUUUGUUGAUGCAAGACAACAGUUACUAGAAUUACUGAUGAAUUUAUAAUGACAUAUGAGUUUGGAGAUCGAAGCAAAGAAACAAUUGUCCUAAUUCAUGGCUAUAUGGCCAGUGCAUUAAACAUGUUUCGAAUAUUUCAACUCUUAGAGCCUGACUACCAUGUCUAUGCUAUUGAUCUCUUAGGUAAUGGUUUAUCUUCUAGGCCGGUUUUCUUGGCUAAAAAUUGAGAUGAGGCAGAAUCCUUCUUUGUACAGUCAAUUGAGUCUUGGAGAGAGAAGCUAGAUCUCACUAAUUUUACACUCAUAGGUCAUUCUAUGGGAGGUUAUAUUUCAGCCAAAUAUGCUUUGAAGCAUACCCAACAUAUUAAAAAGUUAGUACUAUGGUCUCCACUAGGAGUGCAACGAAGGCCUGAUAGUAUAACUGCUUAUCACAUGCGUAAAUUUAACAUUUUUGGGAAAAGUUGGUGCUGAAAGCCCCUCACCUGGUGAUUUAGUUAUCCUAUUGUAAAGCUGUAUGAGGCAUAUGUCAGGGCUCACUGAAAUCAUAAUAACAUCUUUAGAUGCUUAGGAGGUUGGACAACAAGAACUCUUUUCAAGUGUAGUCUCAAGAAAAUGUUUGGACCGAUGAGUAAAGAGGAGUUUGAAGAAAUGAGAGAAUACAUUUAUCAAAGAGCAAAUAGUGGAGAGUCAUCUGAAAACGCAAUUACUUAUUUUAUGGAGUAUCAUAUCAUUCCUUACAAGCCAAUAAUUGAUGACAUGAAGAUAUUUAAAAGAAAUGGCAUUGAUGUGCAUUUUACAUAUGGUGAUGAUGACUGGCUUGACACUGAUUUCUCAGAAACGAAGGUUUCUGAAGAGCUUCUUGAAGAAGGGUACAAUGUAGACAUUAUCACAAAUUCUAAGCAUAAUAUCUUCAUGUUUAAUUACCAAGAGUUGAUUCUAAGACUCAACCAAAUAACAGAAACUUACUAA